AUGGCGGUGUUCGACGAUGUCAAGGACCCAGCACACGCGGACACAUCAGUUGUUGCAUCGCGACGCAUUUAUAACGAAGAUGUGCGAUUUGUCGAUGAGCAUGAACGGAACGACUUGGCCAGAGGACUGAAGCAACGACAUGUGCAGAUGAUCGCUAUUGCCGGAGCUAUCGGAACAGGUCUUUUUCUUGGGCUAGGUAGCUCCAUUGCAACUGGAGGACCAUUGGGAGCGCUUCUGGGUUAUUCAUUUGUCGGCGUUAUCGUUUGUGCCGUUCAGUUUGCCUUGGGAGAAGUUACUGCCCUCUUCCCUGUUACCGGAUCUUUUGUACGACACUCCGAGACACUCGUGGAUCCAGCUCUAGCUUUUGCUAUAGGAUGGAACAUUGUGUAUGGAAAUUUUUUGUCGGUUCCCAGCGAAAUCUCGGCGGCGGUUGUGCUUAUCCAGUACUGGAAUGAUACAAUCAAUCCGGCAGUUUGGGUAACCAUCUUCAUUGUCCUCUCCAUUUUGGUCGCGGUCAUCUUCAUAGGUGUCUACGGCGAGGUCGAAUUUUUCUUUGCCAUACUCAAAAUCUUGCUCGUCAUUGGCAUCGUGAUCAUGGGUCUCGUCAUUGACUUGGGCGGUGUUCCCGGACAACCCAGGCUGGGCUUUCAUUACUGGAAGACGCCGGGCCCGUUUGUCGAGUAUAUUGCUGAAGGCUCAUGGGGAAGGUUUUUAGGCUUCUGGGCCGUCAUGUCUAACGCAGUCUAUUCGUUUGCCGGAGUCGAGUCCCUUGCUAUGGCCGCUGCAGAGACGCAGAACCCGCGCCACAAUAUUCCCAAGGCCUGCAAACGUGUCUUUGCCCGGGUUACCAUCUUCUACGUUCUUGCUAUCCUAAUUGUCGGAAUGCUUGUUUCCAGUGACGACGAUCGACUCAGUAAUUAUUCCGGAACAGCUGCUCAGAGUCCCUUCGUCAUUGCAGCUAGUGAUGCCGGUAUCAAAGCUAUACCUUCUAUUGUCAAUGCGGUAGUCCUGACAUCUGCAUGGUCUUCGUCAAAUCAAGCUAUCCUCUCAGGAACCCGCACCUUGUAUGGGCUUGCAGUGAAGGGCCAUGCACCCAAAGUCUUCCUUCGGACUACGCGAUAUGGAACACCUUAUAUGUGCGUGGCCUUGCAGGUCGCCUUUUCUUUCUUAGCGUACAUGUGUGUAUCUAAUGAUGCCCUUACCGUCUUCUACUGGUUGGUCGAUUUGACCGCCGCUGGCGUCCUAAUCAGCUGGAUUACGAUCUCUUUGAACCAUAUCCGUCUGAUUCAAGCACUGAAAACACAGGGCUUUUCCCCGCAUGCAUUGCCCUGGCACAACUCGUGGACACUUGACAUUCUUCCCAGCUUAUGGGUCAUGCCGGAAAUUGGGCACCUUCCAGCUUUGUAUCAAGCUAUCUUACUCGUGGCUUUUGGUGGUUACAAACUUCUUCGCCGAACGAAAUAUGUCUCGUUGAAAGAUAUUCCCAUUGCCCAGGCUCUUGAGGAAGCACAGAAUGACCCAGAAAAUGUACCAAUUGGUAAGGGAAGGUGGUGGCAGCGAUGGAAUUUCCUGUGGUGA